UCGUGUCAGCCGGUUUCAAGGUGCUGCCUACAUUCGGCGAGCAGAACAGUAAGCGGAUAACCCAUCUCCCGAGUAAAACAAGCUUUCAGUUGUUCUCAUUUUUAGUAUUAAGGUCCUGGUGAGUAUUUUUAACGAUAGAUUUUUCGCGCUUUUUUCGUUUUUUUUUCUGAAUUUUGAAGCGUCUUUGGGAUUUUUUUUUUUUUUUUUUAAAUGUUAUUUUUUUUUUAUUGCUAUUUUUCCUGGCUGGUUUUCCCGAGACUGUGUUGACUGACUGGCUGGCUGGCUGGCAGGCUGGCUUGACUGUUAUGGCGUACAUUUUGUGACGGCAGUAGCAAACUAGUUCCCCUCGGUGUCUUUGCUCUGUUUUUCCUAUUUUAAACCCCCAUUUUUCAGGCAUGUUGUGUUCUCUUGUCGUGUAUCUGACUGUUGGCUCGUUUUCAUGGAGAGAAAUGUGGAGGAUUGUUCCAGGAUGAUCUGUACUGUUUUUUUUUUUUAAACCGGCUUGCUCAAUCUCUGGAAUAAAAAUAUGUUUUUUAUGUCGCUUUUUCAUCAGCCAGCAAAAAAAAAAAAAAGAAAAAAGGUUUACAUUUCUUGACAUGGUGUUUUUCCCAUUUUCUUUGUAGUGAUUGCUGAGGCUUUAUGUUUUCCUGCAGAGGAGUGAUGUCAUUUUUCAGGCAUUUUUCAAGGACAACAUUUGAACAUUUUGCACAGUCAACAAGCUGGAGUUUUCUUUGCAUAGGACUCUCUUCUCUCCAACAGACAGAAAGGCAGGCAGGCAGCCCUCCACCGAGCCGAUAAAGACACAAUGGACUGGUCGUCGUCCUCCACCUCCAGCUCCAUGGCGAGCAGCAACGUGACCAACAAAAACGACCCCCACUCCCUGAACUCCCGAGUCUUCAUCGGCAACCUCAACACCUUGCUGGUCACCAAGGCCGACAUGGAGGCCAUCUUCUCCAAGUAUGGCAAGAUCGUCGGCUGCUCCAUCCACAAGGGUUACGCCUUCGUGCAGUACUCCAACGAGAGGAACGCCAGGGCCGCCGUGUCUGGGGAGGAUGGCCGGAUGAUCGUCGGGCAGGUGUUAGACGUCAGUGUUCUCCUUCCUGCAGACAUUAACCUGGCAGGUGAGCCGAAGCCUCGCCGAUCGAAGACGGCGAAACGAUCAGCAGGAGACAUGUACAGUUCAUCUUUUGAUUUGGAUUAUGAUUUCCAAAGAGAUUACUACGACAGAGUGUACCCGUACCAGUCUCGGGUGCCUCCUCCCGCCCCACCUCCUCUGUCACGUGCCGCGGUCCCCUCGAAGCGCCCCAGGGUGAGUCUGAGCAGCGGGGGAAGCCGACGGAGCAAGGCCGCCUUCUCCUCAACCUCCGCCAAGAGCAGCCAGAGGAUCUCCCGCACAAUGAGGACGGACGAUUUACAGACCAUCAAGAGAGAGCUGACACAGAUUAAGCACAAGGUGGACUACCUGCUGGACAGCUUGGAGCACAUGGAGAAGGACCACAGUAAGAAGUCGGAGAUUAAAAGCUCCAAGCCAGAACCUGGCGAGGUGUCUCCGCUCCACUCGUCUACUUCCAGCAAGAAGGAGGGUAGCCUGAAGAGAGCCAGAGGGAGCCAGGAGAUGAACGACUCGGAGGAGGACGGAGACCUGCUGGAGGAUGAGGACGAGGUGAAAAGCAGAGGGCGAGACGAGGACGACGGCGAGCAGGAGGAAGGGGAGGACGACGGCGACAGCACCAACGGAGACGAGUCCUGAACGGGUCACGGAGAGAACAACACCAACCCGUGCAAAACAAGUCGCGUGUUCAACUUUCUCCACACCACAGUGAUCUGCUCGUUUCUGCUGAAGUGAUAGAAUUUUUUUUACACGGCUUUGACUUCCCACAGAUUAGAAGUGAAUUCCUCUUUCUCUUUCUUUCUUUUCUUUUUGUUAUGUUUCAUGUGUUUCCUCUGAAUGGCCCUCUGCUGCUAGUAGACAAGUGUGGUUUUCCAACAUUUGGUGAAAAUCAAAGUUGGGCAGAUGAGAAAUGUAAAUUAUUUCAUGUUUGGGAAUUGAGCUGCGUGUUUUGCCAGAAAUGUCUAAGUUUUUAGGGUCAUGGUCAUAAAACAACACUUCCUCACUGACCCAUCUACCAGCAUCAUGGCGUUCUGUGCAACUUCUUCAUCCCUGAGCGAUAGUAAGAUUUACUGUACAACAAGAACUGCUCACCGGUUUUCUCAAACGUUUUUCUUCACCUAAAAUAUCUCUGUUUCCUCGCAUGUGUUCUGUUUUGUUAGUUGAUUAUUUAAAUGCCUUUUUUUUCACUGUUGACUUGGAACAAAAUGAUAUAAAAUUGCUGCGACCAUAUUUCUAAAUCCGUCAAAAAAGAAAAACCUGCUAAUCCUGCUGCAAUGCUGCAUCCCAACCAGCAGGUGGCAGCCUGCACCAACUACAAGAUCACAAUGACCUGUUUGUGUUCCUCAGACAAUCACUCCUCAUUUUUGCUCCUAAGAUAAAAACGUGAUCGCCCACAUAGUCCACCCUUCCUCCCUAGACAAAUUCUGUUGUUUUAAAAUGUCUUUUAACCAGAACUGACCUCGGUCCAACUCUGUCGACUUCCAUAUUCCUUCUUGACGUCACAGGCAAAUAAACAUGUUGAAGUUUUA